UAAUUCGCCGUUGGCAAAUGUCACUUCAGUUGACCCAAGUGUCAAAGGAUUUUGUUUCAGAAUACCGAGUUCUAUUUAAAAAUUGCUUGGGCUGUUUACAGCAGUUUACGACAAUCGCACAGCGAAAAAGCGUUAUAAGGUUCUAACUAAACCAGAUAUCGAGAAAGAUGCCCCGAACCACAAGAAAAUCACUAAAAGUGCUGCAACAUACUGCCUCUGAUACAGAGAAUUUGGUGGGUAGACCAUCAAAAAAUUUAAAGCAUCAAUUGAUCCAAGAAACUCCUGUAGAUGUUGAGGUCAAACGGAAGAAUGUUUCCAAAGAGAAAGAAACCCAAGUUAAUCUUGAGAACAAGAUCACUGCUGAUGAUUUGACCAAUCCCGAUGGACCUUCUACAAGAUAUUGGCAAAUACUAGCAGAGAAACGCCAAGUGGCCUUACAAGAAGCAUUGGACGAGAAUGAAAAACUUCGAAAAAUAUGUGAAGAUCUUAAACAAGAGAUUAUUCGAAACCAACAACUGCUAGAUGAAGCCAACAGCUUUGUGGAAGUCAUCAGGGAGGAGUUAGCGAACCCCGGCACUGACGACACAGGAAUUGACGUGAAUGACGUCAGCACUGCCGAAGAUACUGCAGACGACACUGUAGAAGAUGAAACUGAUUUAGAUGCAUCCAAAGACGAUCAAUAGAGCUAUUAUAUUAAGUGGUGCUAAUUCAAUUGUAUACAAAUCGCAAAAUUCAGACCUGUCUAAAAAUACUUCUUAUCCUUGUCCAUGGGGAUGAUUGUAAAAAGGAUUAUUUUGUGCAACUGAAUUAGCAUCGAUGGCUGCUUUAAACAGUGGGAUCUGAUGUGCUAGUGGUGUCAAUGCUUACUAGUCACCAUAUACAAAACAAACUUUAUAUUUUGGCAUCUUACGUGGUUAUUGCCUAUGCCAUUGCUCUCACAUGUUCUUAAAACUUGUAGUUUACCAAGUAUUAUUUCUUUCGACUCAACCCAACUAAAUCAUCAUAUUACCAACAUCAAAUUGUGGUUGUCAUUGCACAAAACUAGAAACUGUCAAGAUGUUUUGAUUAUUUUAGUAUGGAGAUGGUCUAACCUACUGCCUGCCAUUUAUAAUCAAGGCCCUUAACAUCUUUCAGGGUUGUCACUGAGUAGCUCACACUGUUUGAAUUAGGCAUAGGAGUUUUUUUCACAAGUGCGUUUAUGUUGCUUUGUUUGUUUUUAAUCCUAUUAAGAGAAGGAUCUUUUUAGUUAGUGUAAUAUUCAUUUUACUAAUUAUUUGAUAAUGCGGUAUUACGGAAAUUGAGUUAUUAUAGCUUAUGUGCACUGAUUAUGGUCUUACUUUAAGUUCCUUAUAUACAAUUCAUUCAUUUGUGUAUAUUUUUUUCUAUAUAUAAGCUAUCUAAAAAUUAAUCAUUUGUACUGUUUUCCCUAACUAUCCUGUAGCUAUGUUUUGGUAAAAUAUUUGAAUUUGGUAACACAACAUUAUACUUUUAAGUUUACUUAGCUUUUUACCUAGGCAAGAUUGUUUUGAAAAUGUACUGCACCAUGAUGCUGAAUUAAAAGUAAAGUCAUUUUAAUUCGACUAUUUAUAAGAUAAACUUAAUAAUACAAUACAAACAAUAAAGAUGGAAACAGUUGUUGUCAAAGGUAGUCAAUUAAAAUGGCUAUAAGUAGUGUAGUUAAUUAAGAUAGAUAUCUUUAAUAAGAAAGUUUAUUAAUAGAAAACAAACUUAUUUAUAUAAAAAGGAAAUAAAACUAUUCAAUAAAA